AUGUCCGCGCAGAACCCCGCCGAGGGCGGCAACUCCUUCCUCUCCGCCGUGUACGCCGCCAAAUCGCCCCAAGAGCUGCAGGGCGUAUACAACGACUGGGCCGCAUCUUACGACACCGACCUCGACUCGCUCGGCUACACCGCCCCGCAGAAGGCCGCCGACGUGCUCGCCUCCGUCCUCCCUCCUACACCCGAGACGCGAAUCCUCGACGCAGGGUGCGGCACGGGUCUCGUCGGCUCCGCCCUGUCUCGGCACGGGUACCGACACAUUGAUGGCGCGGACCUGUCCCCGGGCAUGCUGAGACAGGCGCAGAAGACGGGCGCCUACGAGAACCUGAACGAGGUGGAUCUCUCAAAACCCCUCGAGGGCACGGACUACGAUGCGGUCAUUUGCGUCGGCACGCUGACGGAGGGACAUGUCGGUCCCGAGGCGCUCGAGCACUUCGCGGACGCUGUCAAGACCGGAGGAUAUGUUGUUGCAACGGUGCUGGGCACGAUUUGGGAGCCGCGGUAUCGCGAGUUUGUGGAUGGACUUGUGAAGCGGGGGAAAGUGAGGGUCGUUAGCCAGGACGAGACGGAGUACAGGCCCGGAUUCCCUAUCAAGCUGAGGGUUGUUGUGCUGCAGCGGACGAAGUGA